ACAAUCCCCAAUUCCCCCGUCAGGCUCAACACCACACUCGCAUCGCAUCCCGAUCUGAUUGAAUCCGAGCAGCACAAGCGGCGGCGGCGAUGGGCGGCGACCAUGGCGGGCACGGCCACGGAGGCGGCGACUUCCGGCAGAAGGUAUGGAGCAUGACGGGCGGGCCCUACUGCCGGCCCGUGCACUGGCGCCGCAACACCGCCAUCGCCAUGUUCGGCGUCUUCCUCGUCUGCAUCCCCAUCGCCAUGAAGUCCGCCGAGCUCGAGCAACGCCCACAUCACCCGGUCCGGCCGAUCCCAUCUCAACUUUGGUGCAAAAACUUUGGCAAGAAAGAGUAUUGAAGGAUGUCUGAACUUGCAAGGAGGACUCCUGUUUUUAUCUUGUUUUGUCAUAAUUUGUUCUCAGCGAUCAAUGCUUGAAGAAGUAUGCUCCUACGAGUAUGCACUUGAUGCUUCAUGUAACUCUUUCGACUUAUAUUAUGUCAUACAAGGAGUUUGCCUGUUGGUAACUCAAAAUAAACUCGUGACGCAUAAGCCUCUGAUGGAUUUACUUUAGGGUUUAAUGCUCUGUUUGGAUGAUUCCUAUUUCAUGCAUUUUUCUGAAGAAAUGCUAACGUCUCAAUGAUGAAUUUA